GCCGCUCUCGCCACCAUGGCGGCCGCGCUGCUGCUGCUGCGCGCGCUCCGCCAAAGCCCGGAGCCUGGGCGCAGGCGACUGUGGGGCCUGCUCUCGGGCAGGGGCCGCCCAGGCCUCUCGUCCGGGGCUGGGAGCGGGCGGCCGUACACGGUCCGCGGGACUCCGGUGGGCCUCGCUGCGGCUGGAGGCCAAGCGCCGCAGAGCUUGCUAUUUCGAAUACUGACCCCUAGCUUUGAAGGUGUUAGUGGAUUAUCAUUGAAGGAGCAUAUAGUUCCAAAUGCAGUCAGACUGUGGCAGCUUUCAGGUGGCACUUACUACUUUAGCACCUCAAGGACGAAGCAGAAGAAUAAAGACAGUGAGAAGCCCAAAGGCAAGGCCCCUGAAGACGAUGAAGAGGAGAAGAGACGCAAGGAGCGAGAAGACCAGAUGUACAGGGAGAGGCUGCGCACCUUGUUCAUCAUUGCUGUCGUGAUGAGCCUGCUGAACUCCCUCAGCACCAGCGGGGGCAGCAUUGCCUGGUCUGACUUUGUCAAUGAGAUGCUGGCUAAAGGCGAGGUGCAGCGUGUCCAGGUGGUGCCCGAGAGUGAUGUGGUGGAAGUCUAUCUGCAUCCCGGAGCUGUGGUGUUUGGGCGGCCUCGGCUGGCCUUGAUGUACCGGAUGCAGGUUGCGAAUAUCGAUAAAUUUGAAGAGAAGCUUCGAGCAGCUGAAGAUGAACUGAACAUUGAGAGCAAGGACAGGAUUCCCGUCUCCUACAAGCGGACGGGCUUCUUUGGGAAUGCCCUCUACGCCCUAGGGAUGACAGCAGUGGGCUUGGCCAUCCUGUGGUACAUCUUCAGACUGGCUGGGAUGACAGGGAGGGAAGGCGGAUUCAGUGCCUUCAAUCAGCUUAAAAUGGCACGGUUCACCAUCGUGGAUGGGAAGACAGGGAAAGGAGUCAGCUUCCAAGAUGUGGCAGGGAUGCACGAAGCCAAACUGGAAGUCCGAGAGUUUGUGGAUUAUCUGAAGAGCCCAGAGCGUUUCCUUCAGCUUGGUGCCAAGGUUCCAAAGGGUGCCCUACUGCUGGGGCCCCCUGGCUGUGGGAAGACACUGUUAGCCAAAGCAGUAGCCACGGAGGCUCAGGUGCCCUUUUUAGCAAUGGCUGGCCCGGAGUUUGUGGAGGUCAUUGGAGGUCUGGGGGCCGCCCGAGUACGGAGCCUCUUCAAGGAAGCCCGAGCCCGGGCCCCGUGCAUAGUGUACAUCGAUGAGAUCGAUGCUGUGGGAAAGAAGCGUUCCACCUCCAUGUCCGGCUUCUCCAACACAGAGGAGGAACAGACCCUCAAUCAGCUUCUGGUUGAGAUGGACGGAAUGGGCACCACAGAUCAUGUCAUCGUCUUGGCGUCUACAAAUCGAGCUGAUGUUUUGGACAAUGCUCUAAUGAGGCCUGGCCGACUUGACAGGCAUGUCUUCAUCGAUCUUCCCACUCUGCAGGAGAGGCGGGAGAUUUUCGAGCAGCACCUGAAAGGCCUGAAGUUGACCCAGCCCAGCAGUUUUUACUCCCAGCGGCUGGCAGAGCUGACGCCAGGCUUCAGCGGUGCUGACAUCGCCAACAUCUGCAACGAGGCUGCGCUGCAUGCUGCACGGGAGGGGCACACGUCUGUCCACACGUUCAACUUUGAGUAUGCCGUGGAGCGUGUCAUUGCUGGAACUGCUAAAAAAAGUAAGAUCCUUUCCAAGGAGGAGCAGAGAGUGGUGGCUUUCCACGAGUCUGGCCACGCCUUGGUCGGUUGGCUGCUAGAGCACACAGAAGCUGUGAUGAAGGUCUCCAUAGCACCUCGAACAAAUGCUGCUUUGGGCUUUGCUCAGAUGCUCCCUCGGGACCAGUACCUCUUCACCAAGGAGCAGCUGUUUGAGCGCAUGUGCAUGGCACUAGGUGGCCGUGCAGCUGAAGCCAUCUCAUUCAGCAGGGUUACCUCUGGGGCCCAGGAUGACUUGAAGAAGGUUACACGCAUUGCCUACUCCAUGGUGAAACAGUUCGGCAUGGCUCCUAGCAUUGGGCCUGUAUCCUUCCCUGAGGCACAAGAGGGCUUCAUGGGCAUUGGACGGCGUCCCUUCAGCCAGGGCCUCCAGCAGAUGAUGGACCAUGAAGCAAAGCUGCUGGUGGCUAAAGCCUACAGACACACGGAGAAGGUGCUGCUGGACAACCUGGACAAGCUGCAGGCGCUGGCGAAUGCCCUUCUGGAGAAGGAAGUGAUAAACUAUGAGGACAUUGAAGCCCUCAUUGGCCCACCGCCCCAUGGGCCAAAGAAAAUGAUCGCACCACAGAAAUGGAUUGAUGCUGAAAAGGAGAAACAAGCCUCAGGGGAGGAGGAGGCUCCGGCUGCCUAGCCCCCACCUCCAAGGCCCAGAAAGCUGC